GUUCUGCGUCUGAUACUGUCUUCUUUAUCUUCUCUGUUUUUCUCGCUCUCCUCCCCCACAAUCUCUUAAAUUAUUUGGGAUCGAAGUAAGCGUUCUUCAGAUUCGAGAUGAGUGUCGUUAGGGCUCAAGGAAGCUGCGUGGCGAUUCGCUCUCUCUCCCCUUCGUCAUCCAUCGAUCGGUGCUCUCACGCUCACGGUUCUGCUGCUUCCUCAGAUGAUGCCACCUGUGGGACGCCUGCUUGGAUUGGUAAGGGCCUUACAUGUGUCUGCUUUAAGCGAAAAGGAGCCUACGAACAGAUCUGCAUUAACUUGACACCCCAGCAGGCAAGUAAUUAAAGAUACAGAAAGCUUACUUAUAUCAUACACUAUAUUGUUAGACACUUGGACUACAAAGUGUAUAUCUUUCAAGGGCCAGCUAGUUUCGAUGGUUUUGCCUUCUGCUUUUACUUUUUCUUCUUGUUGGGCAUUCUAGCUCUUGUCCUUUUUGAGAAGGUAGGCAAAGUAAAUAAAGUUUUUAGUUGAGGUUUAUGCUUUUCCUUGUGAAGGUUCUUGACAUUGUUUGCUUUCAUCAGUUCCUUUACUAUUUCAUUUCCUCAUAGGUGAUGGACUUGUUAGUAAUUUGUAGGAAGAACGACUGAAAAGAUUGAAGCACAGGAUGAAGGCCUAUUUUGAUGCUUCAAAUCCAGAUCACAAGGAGGCAUUGAGAGCAUUGUGGUCUGCAACAUUCCCUGGUCAGGAGCUCCAUGGUUUGAUAUCUGAUCAGUGGAAAGAAAUGGGAUGGCAGGGGAAGGAUCCAUCUACAGACUUCAGAGGAGCUGGUUUCAUUUCUUUGGAGAAUCUUUUGUUCUUUGCCAAGACAUUUUCGACAUCAUUUCAACGUUUACUAAAGAAGCAGGGGGGAGAGCGAGCUGCCUGGGAAUAUCCCUUUGCUGUUGCUGGUGUAAAUAUCACAUUCAUGAUCAUGCAAAUGCUCGACCUUGAUGCCACAAAACGAAGGACAUUUAUCAGAUCAGUUUUCUUACAGAUGUUGUCAGAAAAUGAGUGGGCCUUUGACUUGCUUUACUGUGUCGCCUUUGUGGUUAUGGACAAACAAUGGCUGGAGAGGAAUGCCACAUACAUGGAGUUCAAUGAUGUCUUGAAGUCAACUAGAACUCAGCUAGAAAAAGAACUUCUAAUGGAUGAUGUUCUACGGAUUGAAGACAUGCCCUCUUAUAGCCUUCUUUGUUAGCAAUAACAAUUUCAAGUUCGGGUGGGAAUUCCAAAUGACAAGUUUAGUUCAUAUAUUUAACUCUAAAAGCUGUACAAUCUCUCCUUCCUCAGCUAAAUGAACCCUAUAAUCUCUUCAGCUUGGUACAUGGCAAUGACGGUUCCUCCACGGUGGGUUCAACCACUCCAGCAAUGCAUUCUUCUAAAAUUAUGUGAUGAUUGGGGGAUUCCAGAAACAUCAUUUUUCCAGUGAUUUCUUUAUUUUUGUUCUGGGGUUUAUGAGAUUCAAUUUCAGUUAGAUAUGACAAAAGGUUAGGUUGGUUGAGUAUGGCUUCAGAAUGGAUAACAAGUUUGAUGGGUUGGGUGAAAUGGGUUGACUCGUAAAUGUUUUUAGUCUGAUAUUUAAUUUUAUAAAUUUAUAUUUUAAUUUUAUAUUAAUGAUAAUCCUCUUGUAUUUUCAUUUUUAAACUUUAUUUUAUUUUUUGGAAUGUGAUAAAUUUCGUCGAGAAACAUGUUUAUGAGAGAGCUUUACAUCAGAUGGUUCAGAUCCUCCAGCGUGUGCAAUGGUCCAUCACCCAACUUUGCUCCUAAAGUGUGACAGAGAAAUAUUCCAUUCCUGGGGGUAGAAUGCUUAGGAAUCAAGUUUCAGUUAAAAAUCGAACUAUGAUAAGAUCUGCUAAUGUUAGUACAAGACAUGAAUUAGUAAGUUAAUAAGACAGACUUUCUUUA